AGUGUUGGUUUUCUUUUCAAGUUGGGAGGUUGUGCGGCCGUUCGUACGAAGGAAUUGUUAAAGACGCAUAGCGAAAGAAAGAAAAAAAGGAAAAUCGAAACAUUUUUGUUUUUUACUUGGAUUGAAAAUCAAAGGGAAUUUUGUGUCUUUCGCGGUUUCUGUUUAUUUACGGUACGGCACGCGAUUUUCCAUCUGUAACUUCCACCGCCAACGACUACUUUUUGUGCCUAGCCUUUCUAAUAAAUAUUUUGUUUGUUUUUUGUUUGUAAGCGUUUGUGCGUACUCUAUAUAUAAUACAUACAUACACACAUAUAUAUUUUGCCCUUUAAACAACAAAUAAAAAAUUUUUACAAUUUGAAAACAAAAACGGCGCGUGCAAUUUUCGCGGUUGUAUGCGUGCGUGCGUCUAUGUUUGUGUCUGUGUGUGCGUGAAAUGAAAUAACGGCUCAGCAGGCUAAGGAAUUUGUGGUCAAAAAAGAAGAAAGAUAGAAAUUCCAAAGAACUAACUAUAUUUUGGAACCCAAAAGAAGAGAAAGCAAACAGUAGAGGAAGAACCAGGCGAGAGAGCGACAUGUGGAGUCCAACACAUUGCAGUGUAACGGUUCAGCGAGCGCGCGGAUUGCUAACCAAAGGCAAAAAUGGCACCAACAAUUGCUUUGUUACCAUUGCCCUGGGCAAAGAGAAAUAUCAAACAUCGGUUAAGGACAAGGCCGAGCCGACUGUUAACUGGAAUGAGGAAUGCGAAUUAAAAAUACCGGAUCAGGGAAAUCGAGCUGAAUUAACAUUGACAUGUCUGCAUCGCAAUAAUCUGGGCAUUGAUGAGUUUCUUGGCCAGGCCACAUUGCCAUUAAACGAAAUGGAUGUCUAUGAUCGACCCAGGGCCAAAUGGUUUAAGCUGGAAAGUAAACCAGGCAAAGAGAAAAAGAACAAAGAGCGCGGCGAAUUGGAAGUUCGUAUUGCGUUUGUUGUCAAAUCGGGCUCGUUGAACGAUGUCUCCAAAACUGGGCACAAAUCAUCAAUUGGCCAACUAGCAAGCUCUGUGGGCGGCAGUCUCUUUUCCAUUGGCAAGGGCGAGAAACGGAAGAGCAUUAAAAAGUUUGCCGGCUCGAUAUUGCAUAUCAAAGGGAAAAAGAAACAUCCGUCGGAUGGCGGUGAUGAUAAUAGUUCGUUUAGUGGUUCAUUCGCUAGCCUGGGCACACCCACCAGUUCGACGGGUGGCCGGAGGCGUGGUCAGGGCCAGCGUGCCGGCGAAGCUGAUCCGGGUGUCAUCAGUGAGGAUGAAGAUGAAUUUGUCUUUGAUAAUUUAUCGCACAAAAGUUCAGGUAGUUCUCUAAAUAUACAAAGAAAUAGUGGAGGAGGAGGCUUACAGGCGCCAUUGGCCAAUUUUGCACCAAGAAAUCCAUCGCCAUUGCUAAAUAAUGGAGGAGGAGGAACAGCAGCCGCAGCCGCAGCCAAAAUGAAUGGAGGUAAGCCGGAUGCAAGGACUUUGCAUGAUGACGAUGAGGCCAAAAUGCAGCUUGAUAAUGUAAAGGAGAUGGCACAGCUUGAGCUAGACUUCAGUGUACGGGCACAACACCCACAGUCGCAGCAGACGCCAUCGCCACCGCAGCCGUCGCCUCCCUCAAAGCCGCCUAGGCAAAAGGAAGAGCAGCUGCCGCUACCACCGACGCCGCCGUCACCUUCGCCACCAAAGCACAAAGAGGAACCACAGCAGCAGCAGCAGCAGCAGCAAACUAACGAUGAAUGGGCCAGCAAAUUGUAUUUAGAUUUGGAUGCUCGCAAUAGUGAUUCUCUUAAACGACGUAGCUGGGAGAGUCGUGUGCCUUUGCCCGCAACAAUUGAAGAGGCACCAACAAAAACUAGAUUAUCCACUUCCUCCGUCACCUCAGCAUCGACAACAUCAACAUCAUCAUCAUCAUCAAGCUCUGAGGCUGAAGAAGAAGAAGCUCCAAGAGGGCCACCGCCGCCAGUGCCGGCACCAACAAUCACCACAUCGCUCUUCUCACCCGUUGUGGAGCAACGUAAUUUCGAGGAUCUAAAUUCCAGUUUUGCCCAAUUUGAGCUUAGGAAUAGCACAGCCAUUUACGGCGAUGACAAUGACACUGACGAGGAGCAACGCAGGGAGACGGAGCAACCAAUGCCGAAACCCCAACCUCGAGCUCUCUCUAACCAGCAACUGUCGCAGCAACAAAAGGCUGAGGAGGAUGAGAAAACUGAACGAGAAGCUCGCCGCCUGCGAGAAGCUGAAGAUGCCCGCCUCGAGGAGGAGUUGCGUCUGAAUGAGCAAAGACUACGUGAUGAGGAAGAUGCCCUACAGCGUGAGCUCGAAGAGCAAAAGAGUAUCAAACGUCGCCAAGAGGAUCAAAGACUUCUUAGCUUUGCCAAACAGCAGCAACAACAACAACAACAGCAACAGCAACAACAACAGCAACAGCAACAACAACAGCAACAACAGCUUAUUGGCCAGCCCAUUGAAAACUCACAACUGGAAGCCAAUUUCAUUCUCACACCGGAGCAAUCACCCAAAGAGGAACUGGGUGGUGGCCUUGCGGCCAAUGGACGUGGCGAGAAACAGCAGCGAUUGGGAAAAUUCAAAUAUGGGCACAAGCGAGAUAAACAUAAUAAUGAUAGUGAAAGCAAUUCACCCAGUCCCAAGUCAACAGAACGCAUUAUCAUUGGCCACGAGAAAUCUGGAGGUUCACAUGCCGAACGACGAUCGGAGAUCUCUGCCCAAUUAGCCAAAAAAUAUGAAGGCAAAUCGCGAGAGGAGCUGAUGCUGAUUGCGAAUGGAAUGGAGAACGAGGCUCUGUUGCAGCGACAGCGAGUCAAGGAGCUAGAGGAUUAUCUGGAUAAUCUAUUAUUGCGUGUUAUGGAAACACAUCCGAAAAUACUGCAAAACCCUUAUUCACGUACCACAUCGGCCAAGAGUUAUAAAAAUUACAUCAAUAUGAAUGACUUUUUAAACGGCUAAUGAAGAAAUCUGCAGGAACAGGAUACCGUAAUUAGGAAUCCAAAAAAAAAAAACAAACACCAAGUUGCCUUUUAUUGCGAAACAGCAACCGAAACAAUAAAGUGCUUUCUUCUUCUUUCUAUUUUUUUUUGGUUUGUUAAGGAUCUUAAGCAAAAAAAAGAAAAAAAAAAACACAAAACUACAAGAAAUUAUACAAAAAUGAAACAUCUAUUUAGUCGCUAAGCAAAAUUAUUAAUUGUAUCAAAAUGAAACUAAAAACAAAAAAAAAAAAAAUGAAAGAAAAAUCCUAAACAACAUUUAUAUUGUAAUGUAAAAUUGAUAUUCUCUGUUUUAGAUUAUUUAAUUAUUGUAAACAAAACGAAAAACAAUUUGCUAGACAAUUGAUUGAAAUUAUUGAAAAGUAUUUACCCAAUUUGAAUUCCCCCGACACACACAUACAUAUAUAUAAAUACAUGCAUAUGUAUGUUUGUGUUUUUUGCCCCUCUUUUUAUUUGUGCGUUAAGUUUUUACAUCAUUUUCGUAAUAUAUAUAUUUUUUUUUAAUUUAUUUAUGUCCUAGUUUUGUAAGUUGAAAAAAUUAUGAUGAUGAAAAAGAGAGAAAAAAAAAACAAGAAAAUAAUGUCGAUAAAAAAUGAUUUAUACUUAUAUAUAUUUAUAUUUAUACCUGUAUUUGGAUAAACCGUUUAAACGAAACAAUAAAACAGUAAACACACACAUUUUUAAUACAA